CACGUUGUAGCAAAAAUAAAAACAAGAAUAUAGAAAAGUAAGAAAUUAGUAUUACUGCUCAAGAAAAAAAUAAUGGUUUUCUUUUGUUCUGGGUUUGUUGCGCAGAAAUUAACACCGCAGUGCGAAAACACACACCCUUAAUUUCUCUCAAUUUAAUCUCUUUCUCUCUCGAUCUCUUCAUUUUUCCCAAGGGGUCUGAGCGUGAUGGGGAAAGCCUACAAACAAGAGCAUGUUUACAAGCAUCCAUGGGAGAGAGUGACAUCAGCAUCUUGGCGCAAAUUUGCUGACCCAGAGAAUAAACGGACUCUCUCACACAUUCUGGAAGUUGACACACUGAAUAGGAAGCUUGAACCUGAGACAGGGAAGCUAUACACCACUAGGGCAAUCACAAUCCAUGCUCCAGGACCAUGGUUUGUUCGCAAGAUCGUUGGGCAGGAUAUCUGUCACUGUGUUGAAUCUACAGUUGUUGAUGGUCAAUCACGUUCAAUGCAACUUACCACUCGAAAUGUUAGUCUGAAGAAGUUUGUUGAGGUUGAGGAGAAGAUACGGUAUGAUCCACACCCCGAGAAUCCAUCUGCAUGGACACUCUGCAGACAGGAAACUAGCAUCAAGAUAAAGCCAUUAUCAGCCCUUGCUUCAAUGGCCGAGAAGGUAGAACAGCGAUGUGUUGAGAAGUUCUUGCAGAACAGUGCCAAAGGCAGAGAGGUUAUGGAGAGAAUUUGUAAGUAUCUUGAAGCUGAAUCUAGUGGAAUAUCUAUCUGAUUCUGCUUUUUCUCUCUUUUAAAUUAAAGCUUUGCUAGAACAAGGUUCUAAUGCGGACCUGUAUUGAGAAAUCAGUGAUAGAAUGUACUAAUAAUGUAUAAGCAUGAGCUUAGAUACUUGAAGUCUCUUUGGACUUGCCACAAUUUUGAAACCAAUAUACUUUCCCCGACAAUCUAACUUCUGUUGGUAUUCACCAGUUAA